AUGUCGCAUUAUGGAAUUAGAAGACCUGUGUUAAAAUGGUGUCAAAUGGAUAGAGAAAUCGUAAAACACUUGACUGCCCUACAAGAACAAAAAAAAAGAAGGUAUCAUGAAAAAAACUUGCCAAAAGGGAAACAGGUAGAAAAAGAGCAAAAAUCUAAGACGAUAUCUGAUGGGAAGUAUUCAGUCACAACAACCCAAAAAACAUCAACAAUGUCGAAAACUGCGGAAACGAUAAAAUUUAUAACUUCUCAGAAAUCGAAUAUUUCCGAUAUCAAAAACAAUUUAACAAAUGAAAAAAGAAUUCGACAGCACGACGAAUCUGUUCGAUUAAAACAAAAUUACGGAAUUGCUCAACUUUGCAUACAACACAACUUAUUAGGAAAGUCGUCUUGUGUCAGUAAGUUCAGUGUGCCAGUUAUUAUUAAAAAAUGCGACAACGGAAGAUCGAUAUACUGGAUGAUGAUGAAGAAGAAGAAGAAUAUGAUAGUGAUGAAGAAGAAGAAAAAUAAGAAGAGGAAGAAGAAGAAGAAGAUAAAGAAGAAGAUAAAGAAGAAAAAGAAGAAGAAGAAGAAAAAGAAAAAGGAGGAGGAGGAGGAGGAGGAGGAGGAGGAGAUGAAGAAGAAGAAAAAAUGGAUAAGAAGAAGAUGGUGA